AUGAGUGGCACAGGACUCGGAUGGCCCGCUUUAGUGCCACCAUACCGCAACCGCCUUGAAGAGUGGUUUAGCACGCCUGAGAAAUUGUAUGCCUCAUUCGACACGAGGGAAGAGCUUGUAUCAUUGCUUAGGGCUUGCGAUAACACGCUUCUUGAAAGUAGCCUGCAAUUGAUUGCGGAUGCACUUCUUGAAUGGCAUGCAGACAAUGCCCGCACAGUUGCGAGUGGGCGCAGGGAAGCAAGGAGGCGCUUGACAGAGUGCUUGCCCAGUGUCCCGGGAACUGGCCUUAGCUUGCAUGAGCAUUACAAUCAGAUCGCACUUCAGAGUCCACUUGCGUUGCUUCCGGUUCUUCGCAAGCGGAAGUUAGCUACUGAUAGGGUCGUAGAUCGCGGUGCCAGGGCCACUGAAGAGAUACGACUUCGGCAGGAGUAUGCAUUGCGUCUUGCAGCCAUCAUGCAGGAGGCGCAACUGCCGGUGUGCAAGGUGCUUGCAGGGGUCAGCAAUGCCGAGGAAGCCUGGCCACGGCUGUUCGGGACCCGUCGAUCCAAGACAUUGAGGAAUCGCUUUAGGGCUUGGGAUAAGUUUCGGGAAUGGUUGCUUUAUAGCCGUGGCAGAAGUUAUCCGGAAGGGGUAGCUGAUGUGCUAGAUUAUGCCAAUGAACGAUUCCAGGAAGGAUGUGGAAAGACAGUUCUCGAAAGCCUGCAAGCCUCUCUCAGUGUAAUUGAAGGUGUAGGGCGCGUGCCGUCCACGCAGCAGAUAUCCCAGGAUCCCACAUGGCAGGCGCAGCUCAAAAGUUACACAGCCGAUUUGGUUUCGGCGGCACCGCCGGAGCAGCCAGCCAGCAUGCUCACCGUUGCUAUCAUCCUCGCAUGUGAGAUCUUCGUUUGCACGCCUGGGGAGCCUAGUUACUUGAGAGCAUUGGGCUUUGUUUGCUUAUUGAUGGUUUGGGGAUCGCUUCGGGCUGAUGAUGUUCAGGGGCUCCUGCCGCAGACCAUGCUUCUGGACGAGCGAGGGCUUAGCAUUGAUCUCGCGCGGUCCAAGACUACAGGGCCCGACAAAAGGACCCACACCGUCAAGGUCUUCGUGGAACGGAGUAUCUCUCUGACAGGGCAUGAUUGGCUGAAGGUCGGAUAUGCACUUUGGAAGGAUUUCGAUUUUGAGAGGGAUUAUUUGGUUUUGAAGGCCAAUGAAGGUUUCACGGAACCCCUUGAGAAGUCGGUGCCUUCCUCCACGGUGGCCCUUUACUUCCGCAAAGUUCUCAGUGAGUUGAAGACGCCCAAGCGUGAGGGGCGCACCUGGAAGGCCAAUGAUCCGCGUCCGCUGCUCCCAGGAUACACUUCCAGUCAUUUUACGGGCCAUUCUGCGAGGAACUUCCUUAGCUCGGUCGGAGCGGCCAUCGAUGUCGACCCCAGGGAGCUUGAUUAUCUGGGUCGCUGGAAGGUAGGUGGCGAAGGUUCUGCAACCUACAUUCGCACUUCUAGGCAGGUUGUGCAUCGUCUCCAGAGUCACAUUGCUUGUUCUCUUGUCACCGGACAGCCUAAGCACUACAUCGAGGUGGAUUCCAUCAAGGCUUUGACGGACUAUGCAGCUAAGGCGGGGGAGAGCGAAUCUCAGGUUCGUCGCCGUCACACCCUCCUCGAGGGAUCCAAAGGCUUGGGCGGAUCGUGGCCAACUCUGGCAUUGGAAGUGGGUGUUGCGGCACCACCUUCUCCGGUCGAGCAGGUCUCGAUGCCAGGCAGCCGGGGGAAUUACUUCAUCGUUACCUCUCGCACCACAGGCCUGAGGCGUUUGCACAUGUUGGGCUGCUAUGUCAAACCUGAGAAUUGUUACGAUGUAAAAUUUGUCAAUCAUGUCGGCGCGGAGGACGUCGAUAACAUUUGCAAAGAUUGCAAAGCAAGAAUGAAGGCUCAGGCCGGAGAGGAGGAAUCAGACCCCUCCAGCAGUGACAGUGGGAGCGAGUCGAUGCGAUUCCAGGCAAUCGCCGAUUCCCGGCCGGAAGCUCGGGCUGCUGGGAAGGCGGACUUUGGUUUUGAUGAUGGGGCUGCUGAAGGGCGGCAACAAAUCGCGGGGGUCGUCGCUGCAUGGGAACUUGCACGCGACGUAAUCAGCAAAGAGACGGAAACGCGAGCAGAGGCGAAAGUGUUAGGCCAGCCGCGAAUCUUGCAAGUCACAGAGAGGCAAGCCAUGCUCAAGGCGGUAGCGGCCGUUCACGGGCAGCUGGGAGAGUCGGAGACUCCAUCGUCUGAGUACCUCGCUCUCAAGUGCGAGGAGUGCGAAGCCAAUGAGCCCCAGGCUUCAACCUUGGAUGCCAUAACUUCGAAGAAGAACACGCUCACCACGAGCAUCCAGUCCAGCCUUGACGCUUCGGGGCGAAUUCAUAUUACUCAGCACAAAUCCAAGAGUGAGCUCCCGACUACUACAGAAGCUUAUCGCAAGGUCCUUCGCGUGGAAGCUUUCACAUGGCUGUGCAUGGCAUCCCGCUUUAAAUCCAAGCAGUGGCUUCAGGAUCUCAAGCUGUCUGACUUCGACCACUUUGUGAACUACAUCCUUGGCGAAAAGGUCGCGCAGCUCACAGUGCCUACUUCUCAUCAGCCAGCCGAUGAGACCUACUUCACGACGCCGCUCGCCUUGUCCAUCAUUGAGCGACCACGCAAGUGGCACAAAGGCAAGGGCAAGGGUGAUGUGGGCUCUUACCUUCAGUCGUUGGGCAAUGUCACUAAUCUUCUUCAGUUCGAUCUUCAGCGCUCCACGGAGCAUGACUUGACUAAGGAAGGCUUGUGGCCGCACAUCUUUCAAUUGCUUGGCGAAGGGGAUUGGAUCCUCAUU